AGAGCAGGGCCUGACAUCUCCCCAGAACAGACGUUUGAACAGAGCAGGCUUCUGAGGUCUCCAAAAUGCCUGUCCCAGCCUCCUGGCCCCAUCCUCCUGGUCCUUUCCUGCUUCUGACUCUACUGCUGGGACUUACAGAAGUGGCAGGUGAGGAGGAGCUACAGAUGAUUCAGCCUGAGAAGCUCCUGUUGGUCACAGUUGGAAAGACGGCCACUCUGCACUGCACUGUGACCUCCCUGCUUCCCGUGGGACCCGUCCUGUGGUUCAGAGGAAUUGGACCAGGCCGAGAAUUAAUCUACAAUCAAAAAGAAGGCCACUUCCCCAGGGUAACAACAGUUUCAGACCUCACAAAGAGAAACAACAUGGACUUUUCCAUCCGCAUCAGUAGCAUCACCCCAGCAGAUGUCGGCACCUACUACUGUGUGAAGUUUCGAAAAGGGAGCCCUGAGAACGUGGAGUUUAAGUCUGGACCAGGCACUGAGAUGGCUUUGGGUGCCAAACCCUCUGCCCCCGUGGUAUUGGGCCCUGCGGCGAGGACCACACCUGAGCACACAGUGAGUUUCACCUGCGAGUCCCAUGGCUUCUCUCCCAGAGACAUCACCCUGAAAUGGUUCAAAAAUGGGAAUGAGCUCUCAGACUUCCAGACCAACGUGGACCCCACAGGACAGAGUGUGGCCUACAGCAUCCGCAGCACAGCCAGGGUGGUACUGGACCCCUGGGACGUUCGCUCUCAGGUCAUCUGCGAGGUGGCCCAUGUCACCUUGCAGGGGGACCCUCUUCGUGGGACUGCCAACUUGUCUGAGGCCAUCCGAGUUCCACCCACCUUGGAGGUUACUCAACAGCCCAUGAGGGCAGGGAACCAGGUAAACGUCACCUGCCAGGUGAGGAAGUUCUACCCCCAGAGCCUACAGCUGACCUGGUUGGAGAAUGGAAAUGUGUGCCAGAGAGAAACAGCCUCGACCCUUACAGAGAACAAGGAUGGUACCUACAACUGGACGAGCUGGUUCCUGGUGAACAUAUCUGACCAAAGGGAUGAUGUGGUCUUCACCUGCCAGGUGAAGCAUGAUGGGCAGCUGGUGGUCAGCAAACGCCUUGCCCUGGAGGUCACAGUCCACCAGAAGGACCAGAGAUCAGAUGCUACCCCUGGCCCGGCAUCAUCUCUUACUGCGCUGCUCCUCAUAGCUAUCCUCCUGGGCCCCAUCUACAUCCCCUGGAAGCAGAAGACCUGACUCUCCUUCCUUCCUCCCCUGCCACGUGGGACCCUCAUCUCUGCUGCCUCCUUCCUUUCCUGAGAGGCUCAGCUUGAGAGAAUGAGCCAGUGAGAAGCUUCUCUAGACUUGGCUCCAAACACCUCCCCUCCCAAGACAUCUGCCUGCCCACAGGCUCCUGUUGCUCCUUCACACAGACCUUGAUGCCCCAGAGCAAGGUCUUCAUUCAUGGUCCUGAGCAGGGGCCAUGGGAUUGGGCUCUGGGCACUGACUUAACGGCACCUCCCUAGAAGAUGAGAAACAUGCCAAAUCUAAACACACCAGGACUCCCAUCCAUCGCCUUGAGACUGACCAUAAACCACAGACACUCUCCAGGUUCUCAAGGGUUAUCCUGCCUUCCAGAUUCCUGCCUAUCCCAACUCCCCAGCCUUGUUGAGGUUCUCUAUUGCCUCUUGAAUACAAAUGCACUCCCAAAGAGGUUUUAAGAAAAUAAAAAGAUUAUCCUUCCUCUUUGUCUAAGGGUCCUACUCCUCACACUCAGAAACAAAGAAGCUCUCCCUACUCUCUCUGUGAUGGGAACACUAGUUCUAGCAUCCUGCAGGCUUCCCAGCCCUGCUGCUCAUGGCAGAAAUGCUGCCACAGUCCAAAAGCCUCCUUGACUCCCGGAAUCCUCCCUGAUGUCUCUUUACACCCCAUAUUCAAUUCUGCCUUCAAAAUACUUAUGUCCACUCAUGAGAUGGUAAGUGUUUAAAAAUGGACUCUCUUAAAGGAAAAAAAAAGCUGAUUUGUUGUACUUGACAAUUUCUGUGGUGUCAUCACCCCCAACACGGCCAGUUUCAAGCUACCAGAAGUUUAACAACUGGAUUGCAAAAUUCCUGAAACUUAACGGUUGGCUUUCAGGGGCCAGUCCAAGCCUGCUGCAGGACAGCACUGAGUUACAUCCCUAACCUGCACACUUCUCACCUCCAUCACCCCUCCCUGUCCCGGCCAGCAUCAUCUCUUCCGGGAACACUUCUGUAGCCUCUGUUGGCUUUCAUUUUUCAGCUACAGUGAUUUUUGGAAAAGUCAAAUUGUAUCACUCCUCUGCUUCUUCCCCAACACAGCUUCAUGGCUCC